AAUCACUACCAGUUAGUACAUAUUUGAAAUUUUAUACUACGUGGGCAACCACACGUAAUAAUUCACUGUCAAGACUAGACGAGACCAGUUCACUCGAAACUGUUGUUCAAGCACAGUGAUUCAUUGAAGCUCCCCGAUUGUGACCCUGAAUGAAAGAAACAACACAAUUUGACAUGGACCCUACUUCUGGACCUUCCACCAUUCUUCCUCAAGGUAAGGAAUACCAUGUAUUCCUUUGUUUCAACAUCGCCGACGAGGAGUUUGUGGAUGAGCUGAUCAAGUACCUGGAGUCUCCUGAGAUUGGAAUAAAAUGUGUGGACCACAGGAGAGAGUUUCAUGCAGGAAAGACAGUGGUGAAAAAUAUAGAGGAAUUUAUUGCCAAGUCAUGGAAAUGUGUGCUUAUCAUGACUCCUGCUUUCGUAACGAGUGAGUGGUGUGAAUUUGAGAUGAACAUAAUGGUCAACAUGUCUGUUGAGGACAAGCGAGAAAACAUCAUACCAGUCUUGAUGAAACCUUGCAAUAUUCCAACAGCUGUGAAGAGAUUGACUUACAUUGAUGUGCGUCAGUCCCAGAGAUGGAGGGGGAGGCUCGUGGAUGCAAUCAGGAGGACAGAAAUAUCAACGCUUGGAGCCCGGGUGGGAGACCAGGACAUGGAGGACACGGUGCGAACAGCAAGGGAUGAGAAAUACAUGUACUUACAAUGUGUUCAAGACUAUAAACAGGACAAACAAAAGAUAGAAUUAGAAGGGAAAUCGUUGGAGACUGAAGUAAACAAUGCAUUCACACUUAUUUCAAAACAGUUAUUUGACCAGUUAGAAAAGCAAAAGACGAAAAGGUUAGAGGAAAUUCGCACACAAAUAGCCAACCGACAAACAACUCUUCUCCAAAAGAGGAAUACUGCUGAUGAUAUAGUUCGUUUGAUGGAGACCGAUUUUAAGAAUAACACCCAAAAUCUGAAACAUUUCAUUGGUAAGCUUGAUGACUAUGCAUCAUUAUUGAAAGAACAACGUGGUUCCUACUAUGGAUUUGUAGACUAUGGCAGUCAGGUGGAGAAGAUAAAUGAGCUGAUGUCUACUGUGGGACACCUGAGGGAGACUGACAUCACACAGCUCAGAUCACAGGAGGACAAGGACAACUUCCUUAAAGAAAUGCAUCCUUCAUGGGCAAUACUACCUCAAGCAACAGAGAUCAACAACCGCAGUAUUGUCAGAUGUCCUUACUUCCAGUAUGAUGCCAAGACGGUAUCGGAAGACUGCCGUAUCCUGCCUGACGGAAGUCGGUCUAACCAACCUCCUCUUCAGCCUCACCCACCAUCUGACACCAGACUCAAGACGUACAGAGGAGCUGUCAUUAUUGUUGUUCUUUUUUUAUACACGUUUGUGUAUAUGGAUGUCCAGAUGUUGACAUCAACUUAUGUCGAGAACUUGACUUCCAUAUUUUGUGAAUAUUUGUUGACUUCCAUAUUUGGUGAAUAUUAG